GAAAAAAUUUUCCUUCCGACAGAAAAAAUUUUUCCUUCCGACAGGAAAAAAUUUUCCAGUUGUCCGUCCGUAAACCAUUCAAAUUUUCGAAAAUUGAGAACUUUUUGGUCGAACUUCAGAAAAAAAUUUUCCAUCCGACAGGAAAAAUUUUUCCAUCCGACAGGAAAAAAUUUUCCUUCCAACAGGAAAAGUUCUUCCUUCCGACAGGACACAAACGAAUGUCUCACGUCCCUCUUCCUGAAUGCCUUCCAAAGCCAGAAGAACCGACAGCCCCAGCACCACAACAGACUUACUAA